GCGAUUUAGAAACUGCCAUUAGUCUUUUUAAUCAUAUGGAACUUAACUAUAGUUUAGAUCCUGAUGCUCAUAUUUAUACGGUACUUAUACAUGGUCACUUACAAAAAGGUGACUUUUUAAGUGCUAAGAACCUUUAUGAGACCAUGAUAUUAAGGGGCAUAAAACCUACAUAUGUUACGUUUGCUGUUCUAAUUGACGGCCAUGCUCGACAUGGUGAUUUGGAAUUCGCCAGAAAACUUAUAUCAAAGCUGGUUUCACAACCUUCAUUAGCGCUUGGUGAUGAACCAAUACAAGGGGACUUCUAUCAAGAAAAGGCUACAAUCCCGGCACAGGUAUUUACACCCCUUAUGGAUGCAUAUGCUAAGCAAGGAAAUGUAGAUGCUGCUCGGGCAGUAUUUGAAGAAAUGAUAAAAUUGAACAUUCCACGUAAUGCACAUGCAUAUACUAUUCUUAUGGAUGCCUAUCGUCGUGUUCAUAAUCACGAAGCUGUUUGGCAAAUAUGGAACAGCUUACGCAAGGAUACAUUGUCAGAAACUUUAUCUUUAUCAGAAUGGUUUGAAUCACAUGUAUCGAGAUCCAUACCAAAGGAUUUACUGAGACCAUCACCAUCGGAAACAUUGUUGGAAACUCUGAAAACACCAUCAUUGUUGAAACCUUCGUUUUCGACAUCACUAUUAGCAAAAUUUGACGUGCCAUAUAGUUCAACCAUAAUAUCGAAACUUCCAUGUCAUGCAGUUUCUAUUAUGAUAGAUGCCCUUACCGCCGAAAAACGGUACGAUAUUAUUCAACAAGAAUGGGAACAACUUGUUAGGGAGCGCUUCGAGUUUGAUUCUCACAAUUGGAACCAUUACGUUCAAAGUCUAAUAACUUUCGGAAAAAUCAAAGAUGCAUGCUAUAUCAUUGACAAAUAUUUGAUGAGCGGAUGGUAUCAGCAGAUGGAAAUUUGGAGACGUUUUGACCGAUCUCGAUCUCCGCAGGAUGUUCGAGAACUAAAAAGACUUUUGAGCCUUGUUGACAAAUUCCCACAUCAAAAAACAUUACUUAUGUUAGCUGAAGCAUUUGAAGAGAUGAGGAAAAAGAAUUGGCUCGUGGCGAGGCAAACACAAUCCGCAGCAUUGUUAUUACUGGAUGAAAUGGAAGGUGAAUUUCCGGAAGUAAUUCUGGCAGCAAAAGAAAUGGCAAGAACAGUGAAAUGGCAAAAAAAAAGGGAUGAAUCUAAAAAUAUAAACAAAGGAUACUGGUGA